CCAAAACUUAUCUUAUUUCACUUACCGACGACGCAAAGUUACAAUGGCCUCAGGAAUUUUCCAGUUCCAAGAGACGACCAAGAAAUCGUUCAACUUGAUAGAUGUUGUACUUGCUCCAACGCCAUCCAGCGCAGACAAAGCGGCUCUAGAUGUUAUAUCCAAGCAACGAACUACCAUUGCUUCAUGGUUUCGGGAUGUUCGGGGCACAGGCAACAGUGAAAAACUGAACGAGUUCAUGAAGCGGUGGUCAGAGUACUCAGCUGAUCUCGGGGGUGUUUCACCAGCGGAUGUCACCAGAGCAUCAGAUCUGAACGCCUCGCAGGGACGAUCGAUUAACGCCCUCAUCUACCAGACCAUCACCUUGCUCAACCCCAACAUCGCGCCUCCAAAGCCAGCCCAAAACCCGACGGUUCGUAAGACACCCCCUUCAGGGUCCAACGAUCCAGAUGCAACCGAACUUCCCUCAGAAGUACAGAAGAAGGCCGUUGAGUACCUCUUGAGUACUGUCACCUGGGGCAACAAAGGUCAGAACGGGUUGAUCUUGAAUAGCGCUACGCUUGUAGACUGGCCAGCAGAGGUAACUCCUGCGCCCACUGAGGGCAUCCGAGUCAGGUACGAUGGGAAGAACUACUACCGGGUCUCGGUCGCCAAUCUCUUUGGUGGUCUUCUUGACAAUCUGUACCGCGAAAAGGGUCCAACUGCUUUCUAUGCCGCCAUUGAGCUUCUUCGAUUUGCUUCAAGCGAAAAGCCGUUCUGGGCUGGUGGUUCUCGAGAUUCGACACCAGGUUUCCCACAGACUGCGUUUGAUCUCGACGGCAAGAAGUCAAAGGUCUUCACAGUCUACAAAGACCCGAACAACCGGCAGACUGAUCUCCAAGUCCGCACGCUUGAUGAAUGGGCCAAACUUUCCGUGGUGGCUCUGGUUCUCCAGGGCUUUCCAAAGAACUGAUUUUCGCGCGUGGAUGCUCGGAUGUUUUCAUGCGUACCUCGAUGGAGUGACCUGGACAUUCUUUCUGACAUUCCUCAUGCUUUUUUCCUACCUGAACACAAGUGAGUCUUUUUCUUCUACGGUACAAAUGUGUCUUGUCUU